AUGAGCGCCAAACCCAUGCUGCUGGACAGCGCGGAGCAGAAGUCCACGCGGUGGAACAACCCGCUCAUCGACGCCCUGCCCUACGCGGACGUCCUCCCCGAGGGUUGGCGCGAGACGGCCGACCAGCUGGUGCAGGAGGAGAUGCGACGGAUGACGAAGCGACCGAAGGACUACCUUGCGGAGAUGGCGCCCGCGAAGGAGAUCGACUGGUCCAAGUGCCCGCUGCUUGAGCCCGAGUUUCGCAGGGUGGAGAAGGGUACCGGCGAGAAGAUCGCGCAGCCCGACAACUCGCGGUAUAACCUGGAUCCCCCGCCAAAGUCCAAGCGGGACGAUCCAGAAGCCUGGGAGAAGGCGAACAACAACGCCAAGGCGCAGCUGGAGCACCAGAAGCUCCGCAUCGAGAACCUGGAGCUCAUGAUGAAGUUCGCGCCCAACGCGUGGAGGGCGCACAACGCCAUGCUGGAGGCGGCCAUCAAGCGGGUCGAGAAGGAGGUCGCGGCGAAGAAGAAGGCGAUCGAGGAGAUCAACACGAUGCGCAGCGUCAAGCAGAAGGAGGCUGGCCGGGAGAUCGCCAAGCUCGAGAAGCAGUGGUACGCGCAGUGCGCCAAGAACAUCGCGAUUGACGCGGACAUUCAGCGGAUGGAGUUGGAGAUUGCGAGGCUCGAGGCGGAGCAGGGCAAGGGCGUGGACGGCGCCGCGGCGGCGUCCGCGGGUAAGAAGCGGAAGGCGGAGGCGGAGGCGCCCGAGGAGGAGGACAAGGCGGAGGCGCCAGAGGAGGAGGACAAGGCGGAGGAGGCGAAGGCGCCCGAGGAGGAAAAGACGUCGCCUUCGCCGCGGGGUAGACGAACGCCGAGGAACUCCAAGGGCUCCGCGGAGAAGGCGCAGCCGCCGGAGUCGCCCGCGAGGAAAUCGCCGAGGGCGUCGGGCAGGCGAACGCCGAGGAACUCCAAGGGGAGCAAGUGA